UUGUUUUUUUUAGUUUUUCUGUUAUUUUAAUUUUGUAGCUAGGUUCAUUAUCAUUUAUUUAUUUAUUUGUUUGUUUAUUUUGUUAUUAUUAUUGUUUAUGAUCUUAGGGCGAUCAAUAAGGCAUAAAAACGCUGAAUUAUUUCCUAUUGAUCUUGAAAUUGCGCGUACUUGUAGGAAAAAAGGGUACGAAGGCGGCUUGAAAUGGCUGAAAACAACAGAGCGGGUCAACAGGAUGAACGCAUACCACCAAUAGUUCCACCUCCGCAAAAUCAAGCAGCCCAACCACGUCUUCGAGACAUCCAAAGACCGGUAAUAGCUGUUAACCCCUGUUGCAUUCAAUUAUCUGAUGCAGCUAGGAAUUAUGAACUCAAGAGUUUCCAUCUGAAUAUGCUUCCUACCUUUAAUGGUUUGGGAAGUGAGGAUGCUUUGGGUUUCAUGCGAGAGCUUUAUAGUACGAGCCAUCGCAACCAUCUUAUGAAGAGGCAAAUUACAUGGGAUCUAAUAUGGGGAGGCAACCACCAAGAAAUGAUCCAUUUUCCCAUACAUAUAAUCCAGGUUGGCGAAAUCACCCUAACUUCUCAUGGAGAGAUCAAGGUAAUGCAAGGCCAAUGGGACCACUUGGAUUUCAGCAACAAGGGCCAUCAGGAUCUCAACAUCAGCAAUACAGACCCUUCCAGCAGCCACCUGCACCACAACAACCUCAACUUCUUGCUUAGGAGAAAACGCCUCAACUAG